AAACAACUUUACUGAUCAGGCGAAACGAGAGACAUUAAAAUGAGUGUGACAUUACACACAGAUGUUGGCGACAUAAAAAUCGAACUUUUCUGUGAUGAUUGCCCCAAAACCUGCAAAAACUUUUUAGCACUAUGCGCCAGCGAUUACUACAAUGGUAGUUUGUUCCAUAGAAACAUAAAAGGCUUCAUUGUUCAGACUGGCGAUCCGACUGGAACGGGAAAAGGCGGUCAAUCGAUAUGGGGCAGGAAGUUUGAAGAUGAGUUCAAAGAAAGUAUAAAACACAACGACCGUGGCAUGGUAUCGAUGGCCAACAGUGGCCCAAACACCAAUGGAAGCCAGUUUUUCUUCUCCUACGCACCUCAGCCAGCGCUUGACCUCAAAUACACGCUAUUCGGAAAAGUUAUUGAUGGAUUCGAAGCAUUGGAUGAACUGGAAAAACUUACCGUGAAUCCCAAAACAUAUCGACCGAUAGUGGAGAAAAAAAUCAAUAGUAUUACAAUACAUGCGAACCCGCUGGCAGGAUAAUUCCGAUGUUUUAAUUUCAGUUCACGAGACAAUGCAUAAACAUAAAUGUUUCUUUCUAAAGUAUUCAAUAUUUUCGUUUAUUUAUUUUACGUAUCUAUAUCUGGCACACGUAGCCGUAAUUCGGAGCGUAAAAACGUCAGCUAAG